CCCGGAGCGCCACUGAUGAGCGACGGGGAGACGAUGGCAGCGGCUGUGGUGCAGAUGGCCUGCUCUUACCGCGGCAUGUUAGCGGUGAGAAACCCGGGCGUCCGAGCGCUCAUCCCCGGCCUGGUGUCCUCUCAGCUCCGGGCCUUUUCGGUUACAAAAGAACCAGAGUUGGAGGAGAAUCCGUAUUACAGUAAAUAUGAAGAGAAGAUUAAGAAGCUGCGGAGCUCAAAGCCUCAAGAAUACAAAGCUCGUCUAGAAAAGCGCAGCGAGAUAAAGAAGGAUCCUCUUGGACAUUCAAAACAAGCUGAAUUCAUCAAACUCAUGGAUCAGGAGAUGGAUAAACGAGACAAAGCAGCACCUGGAAGUUUUACUAAGAACAAGACUUUAGGAUCAAUCCUCAACCUUGACAUGGUUCAGGAUAAGUCUGGCACUGAAAUUGGAGAGCUUUGGAUGCACUAUUUCUCAACGAAAGACACGAUCAGUGCUGUCAUACCGGGGUCAACAUUUGAGAUGAUGAUCAGUCGAGCCAAGUCAUGCCCAAUGUUCUUGUAUGCUCUGCCGAGGAAAGAGGGAUACGAAUUCUUUAUGGGUCAGUGGGCUGGUCAGGAGCUACACUUCACUUCCCUUAUCAACGUUCAGACUUUAGGCGAAAGCGCUCCCAGCCAGCUGGUUCUGUACCACUACUCAGACCUACAGAAGGCCAAGGACAUUGUGCUCAUGACUGCUGAAAUGGAUGGAAAAUUCAUUACUGUUCAUGAGGCUCAGUGCUUGGCCAAUCAGGUGCAACUGUUCUAUGCUGCACAGAGACAUGAGACUUAUCAGUUGGUGGAGGCGUUCAACCACAGACCAGCGGAGUUCAAGCACAUGUCUGUGAUAGCAGAGCUAGAGCAGAGCGGCAUUGGACAAGGAGUCACCACAAAGUAAUGGCCAGUUCAGUGGGGACAAAGUUCUGGUGUAAAGAAGCCUGGUUGAGGCGCAGCGGAAAGAAUGGGGUCCCAGCAGGAAUUCUCUGCCCAAUGACAUUUUAUUGGGAUUAGUCUGCUCUUCUGUCACAUUGACCUGUGACCUGUUUGACUGGUCUGGAUCUAACUAAUACCAUCUCAUUUGCUGCUAUGUGUGCAGGUUCAUGUUUGGUUUGAAUAUUGACUCUCCUUUUGAUAUUACUUAUAUUUAUUACGGUUUAGAAAUCAGUUUGGCCAUAAUUGUCAUUGAAUUAUUUUGUGCAUCAAAUCUUGCGGUGAAAGACUGAUGUGUAUUUAUUCUGGAGAGUAUUACAGACAUCUCACCCUGCUUUGGUUCUUGAAGGCAAUGUAGAAUUUUGUGCUGAUGGCUUAUGUAGUAAGCACUGCAACAGUCACAGCAUUUGUGUAGAAAGGUGUGAAAAUCGGGCCAGAAAUCAAGCCUAGAAGAUUUGCCAUUACAUUCUAGUUGAAGGUUCUCAUUUGUUGUUUGGGAGAUGAAGUAUGAAAAUCUAACAUGAAGAACUUGUUCAAUUUAUUGAAGAGCUGCUUAUAACACUAUUCAGUGUGUUUCUAAGGGAAAACAUGCAUCAUAGCAAAAAAAAAAAGUUAAAAACAUAAUAUUUCAAACUCAAUACAAGGCCUUCUUCAAGGUGAAGUGUCUUUUUUUUGCUAUGAUGGAGGGAGUGUUGCACCUAUGGUUGGUUGAAGCACCUCCAUCUCCUUUGUCUUGGUCUAAGAAUAUGCAGAAGUGUGCAAAAGUAAGAGACCACUUUUGUAUUGAACAUCAAGUUCAUUUAUCAGUGUUGAAGGAAAAAAAAGCCUUUAACAGAAAAUUACACAAAAGCUUCCCACACAAGUAUAAUAACAAACGCAGCCAACUUCUAAGACUGAACUUUUAGAGGUGUGCAAAAAUACCUCUAGGAAGAAUGGAAGCUCUGACAAACGCAGAUGGUAGAGACACUAGAUACUGCAAAAAAUGUAUCUAGUUGAAGGCUUGUAUUUACUUAGGCUUCUGUGUAAUUUUUUUCUAAACAACAAGCACAUAAUUGCUGGAAAUGAAAUAAAGAGCAGGGUGAUCUCACUUUUGUAGAGCUGUACUGUAUUAUGUACAAUAUAACAGAGCAAAUGAGGGUCAAAUAUCAGUCGCUGACAGCCUCACCACUCCACAGCUGUGUUUCUCCACUCCGUUGUACCUGACUCGGCUCACGGUGAGCUUGCAAAUGAGCUGAUGUCUGCUCUACGGUUGGGACCACUUGAAACUGUCAAGCGUUAUGACCUUUCAGGGCUGUGACCCUCCAGGACUGCAGUUUACCACUGUUGCUCCACCAUGCACAAACAUAUGCACCAUUGCUGGUGCUAUUUAUGGCCAGAUGAGAAAUUAUUCAAUGAGUCAUACAGAUUGUGUCAUAAUAAAUGGAUUGAAAUGUAAUUAACUGAUGAA